UCUUGAGCAAAAACCAUGAAUUGGCAUUUUGGCGUACAAAUCCACGCAUAUACGAUUCGAUCAGGAUAUGAAGAUAAUCUGUUCCUUAGUACUGCGCUUGUGGAUUUCUAUGCAAAAUGUUUUUGCAUUGUGGAUGCAAGGAAGAUAUUUAGAGUCAUGAAAGUGCAUGAUCAAGUAUCAUGGACUUCACUUAUUGUUGGAUUUUCAGCAAAUAAAUUAGGAAAAGAGGCGUUCUUCUUGUUCAAAGAGAUGUUAGGAACUCGUAUUAUGCCUAAUUGUUUUACCUUGACUAGUGUCGUUAAUGCGUGUGUGGGGGAAAAUGGAGUCGUUGAUUGUUGUCCAAGUCUUCAUGUUCAUGUUGUCAAACGAGGAUUUGAUACUAGCAAUUUUGUGAUUAGUUCAUUAGUUGAUUGUUAUGCGAGUUGUGGACGGAUUGAUGAUGCUGUGUUGUUAUUUAAUGAAACUAGUGAGAAGGAUAUUGUUAUAUACAAUACAAUGAUCUCUGGAUACUGUCGGAAUCUGUACAGCGAAGAUGCACUGAAACUAUUUGUGGAAAUGCGGGGGAAAAAUAUGAGUCCUACUGAUCAUACUGUAUCUUCGAUUUUAAGUGCUUGCAGCCGUCUCGCAGUGCUUGUAGAAGGAAAACAAGUGCACUCUCUGGUUAUUAAAAUGGGUUUUGAGAAUGUGUUUAUGGACAGUACUCUGAUUGAUAUGUAUUCAAAGGGUGGCGACAUUGAUGAGGCUCAAUGUGUGUGGGAUCAGACUUCUUGGAAGAACAUUGUGUUGCUGACAUCCAUGAUCAUGGGUUAUGCUCAAUGUGGAAGAGGUUUAGAGGCUUUGGGAUUUUUUGAUUAUUUAUUAACCGAGCAGAAGUUAAUUCCUGAUCAUGUCUGCUUUAGUGCUGUCUUAUCAGCUUGUAGUCAUGCAGGAUUUAUUGACAAAGGGGAGGAAUAUUUCAACAAAAUGAGAACAGAUUAUGGGUUGUCUCCUGAUAUAGAUCAAUAUACUUGCUUGAUUGAUCUUUAUGCUAGAAAUGGAGAUUUAAGGAAGGCGAGGGAUUUAAUGGAUGAAAUGCCUUAUGAUCCUAGUUGUAUAAUAUGGAGUUCCAUUUUGAGUGCCUGUAAGAUUUAUGGAGAUGUUGAGCUUGGAAGAGAGGCUGCUAAUCAGCUCAUUAAGAUGGAACCGUGUAAUACAACUCCAUAUUUAACUGUAGCACAUAUCUAUGCAAGAAAAGGUUUAUGGAACGAAGUAUCUGAAGUUAGAAGCCUUAUGCAACAAAGGGUUAAGGGAAAGUAUGCAUGGAGUUGGGUAUAGGUAGAGAGAGAUGUUAGAAUAUUAUAAAAUAUCUUACGAUCAGAUUUUAUGUUACUCACUUCACGUGGAAUGCAUGUUCCAAUUUAUGAUGAAAAAAGCUAUUACUUUCAUGCCACUAAUCAGUGCAUGACUGUUGAUAAUUAGUUGAUUACAAACAAUGGUUGAAUUUCACUUCCUGGGCACCCUAGAGAUUGCCUAAAGCACACUCUUUGUGGAUCUGUGUUAUUUUACAGAUCUCAUGGAUUUGUUAUGUCUACUGUUUGACUUGGAGAUAAUGUUUUCGAGGUGAUUGGAAAGCUAGUAACAAAGCCUGUGAUAUAUAAGGCUCAUCUCGUUUCAAAAGGUUAUUUUUCUGUUAUGGGUGGUAGAGACUAAAAAUUGUACUUUCAGGGCGACUUUUGCUAAAUAGGAGAGUAUUGCUUUGAGUAGUGGACUAGUUUUCAAAAUGCAAGAUUUAAGAACAUUUUCUUGUUGGACAUGUUGAAGUUUCUUUUUGUUGUGCACUCAGGAUGUUUGAUUCAGGGAAAGUU